AUGGCUGUCUCACGUCCUCCGCAUGGUCCCGUCUGGACAUCGUUGCCCAAAUAUGUCUACCUUUCGUGGCAAAGACGCGUCACUAGAAACCGUCGAUUGGUAUCUGUUGCCUCCUUGUUGUCGCUCUCGGGGACUCACCAUUCCUCAAAUUGGUAUGAUGAGCUCAGUAUUUCAUUAACAGACGAGCCAAUUCAGCUGAUCUCUUACAUCUGCAGACAAGAAAUCCCGCAUUCAUCCUCGCUCAGGUGCAGGCGGCCGCUGUGCCCGGACUCAAAGUUGGGAGACGAGGAAGGAACUUUGAGGGCCAACUGUAUGCCCAUUCUGGAGUUGAUCCAUACCGGUUUUGCCACUCCUCCUUCAGACUCUCGAGUUGUCUUACAUCGGGCUGCUACUCCAGAACUGUCGAAUACGGCUUUUGACGACGUUGAAUUUGGAUUCUGUGACCCACAUAUACACUCCACUACACCGGGAUGCUUUAAUCCCGUGAUUUUUAAGCAGGUAAGAGUGCCUUUGAUGCAGUUCGUAUCCAAUAGCGUGCUUGAUACUGCUAGUAGGUAUAUGCACCUAACCAAGAACCCUGUCAAUCAGGAGAUUUUGGGGGCGGAUCCUUGCAUCUGCAAGUUGACAGCUGCAGGCGUCUUGUUAUGGGCCGUGAUGCAGCUGAUCCUUGACCCUCUUUGA